CAAGGCUGAGCGAAUGCUGCCCCGGCUCCCACAGGUGGCUGGCACAGGCAAGGCCUGGGCUCUUUGCCUGCAAGACAAGCAAAGUGCUCUGUAGUUGGUUGGAGGUUUUCCAGAUUUGCCAGGCCUACCAGACUUGGUGUGGGAAAUUUCUAGCCAGGCCACUGAACCAAAACCUUUCCAGAUGAAGUAGAUGUCUACUAGAGAAACCUCUGGGGGGCGGAGGGGCACCAUAACCAGCGUGGCCCAAGGCCAGCGGAAGAUCAUCUGCUUGUGGGCCUUUCUUUCUGGGGAAGAGCCGCCGUGGGAUCCAGUGGGAUCCAGUGGGAUCCAGUCCAGCCCACAGAGGACUUCACAGUGCCCACAGGAGAGGGCUCACGUUGACCAGCUCCUGAGUGGCAGCCGCUGGAGCUCUGAUCACAGACAGGACGCUGACGCCACUACCCACUGCCACAGGAAGCCUCGAGCUACACCAACUGAUCCAGAGGAGACAGAUCCUCCUGGGGAUGGGCUUUCUCUUUAGACCUGCUGCUUACAGCCAGAAGGGCGCUGACCUCUGACGAGCCACGGGGAGCAGUCGCUGAAGCCCUGCGAGGGGCCAAGGGCUCCCCACUGCAACUGAGGACCCAAGGCCUCGUCCCAGGUCUGCCGUGUGCUGUCCCGCGGGAUGGGACUGCUAAGCAGCAAGAGGCAGGUCCCCGAGAAGGGCAAGGCCUGGAGCCCUGUGAAGGCUGGUUCCCAGAGCCAGGCUCCCCCACCGCUGCCACCCCUGGUCGUCUUUAACCACCUUCCCCCUCCACCUCCUAAUGAACACCCAGACCAAGGAACCAUGCACGAGUCCUGUAGUGUGCCUGAGCCAGUGAGAUUAAAGUCAAGACUUUAUAAUCUGGAAACCAAAACCAAGAAAAGAGUCCCAGGAAGGAUAGGCGGAAUCACUCAGCCCCAGGAUUCAGGGCUCCUCUGUUCCACGGAGGACCAUUACGUGGUGGCCCUGUACGACUACGCUGCUGUGAACGACCGGGACCUGCAAAUGUGCAAGGGGGAGAAGCUGCAGGUCUUGAAGGAGACUGGGGACUGGUGGUUGGCCAAAUCACUCAUCACCGGAAGAGAGGGCUACGUGCCCAGCAACUUCGUGGCCCCUGUGGAGACCCUGGAAGUGGAAAAGUGGUUCUUCAGGUCCAUCAGCCGGAAGGAGGCCGAACGGCAGCUGCUGGCCCCGCUGAACAAGGUCGGCUCCUUCCUCAUCAGAGAAAGUGAGACCACCAAAGGGUCCUUCUCCCUGUCUGUGAAGGAUGUCACCGCCCAAGGGGACAUGGUCAAGCACUAUAAGAUCCGAUCCCUGGAUGAAGGGGGUUACUACAUCUCCCCCCGGACCACCUUCCCCUCCCUCCAGGCCCUGGUGCAGCACUAUACCAAAAAAGGAGACGGCUUGUGCCAGAGGCUGACCGCACCCUGUGCGACCAUGGCUCCGCAGAACCCCUGGGCCCAGGACGAGUGGGAAAUCCCCCGGCAGUCCCUCCGGCUGGUGCGGAAGCUGGGGUCUGGGCAGUUCGGCGAGGUCUGGAUGGGUUAUUACAAAAAUAACGUAAAGGUGGCCAUCAAAACCUUGAAAGAGGGAACCAUGUCCCCCGAAGCCUUCCUGGGUGAGGCCAAUCUGAUGAAGACCCUGCAGCACGAGCGGCUGGUCCGUCUGUAUGCUGUGGUCACCAAGGAGCCCAUCUACAUUGUCACCGAGUACAUGGCCCGAGGGUGCCUGCUGGACUUCCUGAAGACAGACGAAGGCAGCAGGCUGUCACUCCAGAGACUGAUAGACAUGUCGGCCCAGGUCGCUGAAGGCAUGGCGUACAUCGAGCGCAUGAAUUCCAUCCACCGAGACCUACGGGCAGCCAACAUCUUGGUGUCCGAGGCCCUGUGCUGCAAGAUCGCGGACUUUGGCCUGGCCCGCAUCGUGGACAGCGAAUAUACGGCCCAGGAGGGGGCCAAGUUCCCCAUCAAGUGGACCGCCCCUGAGGCCAUCCACUUUGGGGUGUUCAGCAUCAAAGCAGAUGUAUGGUCUUUCGGCGUCCUUCUGAUGGAAAUCAUCACCUAUGGGCGUGUGCCCUACCCAGGCAUGAGCAACCCCGAGGUCAUCCGCAACCUGGAGCGUGGCUACCGCAUGCCAUGCCCCGACACGUGCCCGCCCGCGCUCUACCGCGACGUAAUCUCCGAGUGCUGGCGUGGGCGCCCCGAGGAACGGCCCACCUUCGAGUUCCUGCAGUCGGUGCUGGAGGACUUCUAUACAGCCACCGAGGCCCAGUACGAGCUGCAGCCCUAAUGCGACCGCCUGGACCUCAGAGGAGCAGGGAGGGGACAGCAGGGGGCAGAAGCGACAGCUGCCUGUGCGCCCUGGACCAGCUCCCUGUAGCUCUGUGCUUCGAUUUCUCCUCUGUGGGAGGGGAGGACCGAGCGAUGACUUAGCCCAGCACUGGUCGCACCAGGAUCGGCCCCCGGCGGCCUGCCAUAGGUGCGCCUCCGUGACUUGGGGACGACUGCAAUAAAGCCCGCGAGACUGCG